AUGGCAAGACACGUACAGUCUCUUCUUCCGCGGUGGUGCUCUCGUAUUUUUUCAGUGGAGCUAAAUGGAGCGCCUUCCUACUUUGCUGUCAAAGAAAAGCACCAGGGAGGAGGAGACGGGCCGAGGGGGUUCAAAGAACUUGAGAAUCAUGACAGGUGCUACUCUGUCCUUGUCUACAGCAGCAGGGACAGAAUCAAAACUGCCAAGUUUUACGGGGAGCUGAAAGACAAAUUGUUGAGGGACUUGCCUCCAGAGUGUCACUUUUCUCCCAUGUCUUCAUUUCUACCAAACGUCAAGGAUUCCCUCAUCAAGGGUUACUUUUUAAAAGGGAAUUCUGACAUUUCCUCCCCGAUAGAGCGGCUUUUGAGUCAUUUGAUACAGCACGACCCAGUGUUAGUUUGUUCCUACUGUCCAGCCGAAGAUGGUCAACAGUGGACUCAGCGCAUGUGGUCACAGUCAGAAAACACGCUGAUGGAUAUGCCAAAGGCAUACUAUGUGGUGCCCUCAGAAGCGCCGGACUGUCACCCUUCUACUCUCAGCAUUAUCAAUUCUGAUGUUUACUACAGCUUUGAUGAAGCCUAUGACGUGAUGAAAAAGUGUGGUGACAUCAUCCCAGAGGCUAAGGGUGUGCUGGAGCUGCUGCCCAGCAAAGCAGACGCCAGAAAUAAACCAGACUUCCCUGUUAUUGUCAUAGAGGGCCUGGAUGCCACAGGUAAGACCACGCUGACUGAGUCUCUAAGGGAUACACUGGGGGCCACUCUUCUACGGUCCCCACCAGAGUGCCUGUCCCCCUGGAGGGCCCGCUUUGAUCAGGAGCCACCCCUCAUCCGCAGGGCCUUCUAUGCUCUGGGGAACUACAUCACAGCAGAACAAAUAGGCCAAGAGGGCAUGAAGACACCUGUCAUUGUAGACAGAUUUUGGCACAGCACUGCGGCCUAUGCCAUCGCAACAGCGGUAAGUGGUCCAGUUUGCAACCUUCCAGGAGAAGGUUCAGAGGUGUACUGUUGGCCCAGCGACCUGUUUCAGCCCAGCCUGGUGAUCUUACUCACCCUUGACCCCGAGGAAAGGAAGAGGAGACUGAGAAACAGAGGCCAAGGAAAGACUGAUGAAGAGCAAGAGCUGGAUCACAACCAGCUGUUCAGACUCAGAGUGGAGGAGGCUUAUCGGAGGAUCAGCGGCCCAGCUUGCGUUACUGUGGAUGCUAGUCCUUCUGCAGACCAAGUGCUCCAACAAGUACUGCUUUUAAUUAGGGGCAAAUGCCACUUGUAAACAAUUCUCCAUCUCCCCUGCUGGCAGUCAAGCAUCACGUGUAUGCAGUAUUUCCCUUCACCACUAGGUGCCAGUAAGGCAUUGUAAAUGUGAUGGCAGACAGAAUAGUGGGCAGAUUGGAGCGAGGAGAAGAGAUUCUAUUCACAACGUGUAAAGGUUGAAUGCCAGGGGCCAGAACUGCAUGCUACAAUCAGAAAUACAUAUUCAUGUAGACACACACAAACACACACACACACACACACACACACACACACUAAAGCAUUGUCAGGAAGAAGUGAACAUCUAAUGGCUGUUGUGACCUCUCAGAAAUUAGACACUGCGUAGCCUCCAGUUACAUUGUAGCUGCACUUUUUUUGCAGACUGACACAGAGGAAGUGGAUGGGAACAUUUAAAUAAGCAUGAGUGAGUUGCUGUGGAUUUAAUCAAAAUGUACAAACAAGAAAAUCCAAAUUGUAAAAUGUACUGUAGAUGCACCAAAAUGUUAACUUACAAAGGAAUAAAGAACUCAAUCUGUUGUCAGAUAACAUAUUUUCACUUUGUUAAAAAAUAGUUUUCAAAUUAAAAGAAAAUUACACUAAA